AUUGAACGCCCAUCCACACUCCGAGAAGUUCACACGAGCGAGGUAAGAUGGCGCAGCAGUUCGUGAAGGCUCAGAUCAAAGGGGACAAAGUGGUGGUCUUCCAGAAACCAUCGUGUCCCUACUGCGUCAUGGCUGAGGACAUUUUGUCCAAGUACCCGUUCAAGCCUGGACAUCUGUUGAGUAUUGAUAUCAGUGGACGCAACGACAUGAACAGCCUGCAGGACUAUUUCCUGGAAAUCACCGGAGCCCGGACGGUCCCACGGGUUUUCAUCGGGGAGGAGUGUGUGGGAGGUGGAAGUGAUGUGCAGGCGCUGCACCAAAGUGGAAAGCUGAAAGGGAUGCUGGAGUCCAUAGGGGCCCUUCAGUGAUCUGCUCCAGACUUUCAAGGGAGGAGGCCUCCAGAUGUGGUCACAUGACUAGGCAGCGGGACUUCCGAAGUUUGCGUCGUCGCUGCUGAUACUCGCUGAGCUCCUGCAAGUAUCCCCUGGAUGGCCAGCGUAGCCUCUCCACCUGCUCACGCUCCUCCUCUGGAGGAAACAAAGAUUUAGGGGGGAAAAAAGGGAAAAUAAUUGUUUGCCUGCUCUGAACAAAAAAAACACGACCACAUCCUGAGGACCAUUAGAGAUGUUUACACACACUCUCAAGAUACAUUAGUGUUACUUACUGCUUAGUUUGCUACCAUGAUGAAAGCCAAAAACCAUGAAAUCUCUAAGAAUUUUUUUCCACUAACAAACCAGGAUGAGAGUGUACCCGUCCAGUAGCAUGAAUGAGUCCUGUGUGACUGAAUGAACACAAUAAAACAGCUUCUGCUUUGCAA